UUCUCGUCUGCUCCGACGGUUUGCGGGGGCUAUCCCGCCGAGAUCCCGAGCUGUCUUCCAGUUAUUGGGAGAAAGAAAGAAAGAACUUAUUUUUCUCUUGAAAUAGCUUGGUAUUAGAAGCAGCUAAAAAAAAUUUGACGCCGUUUAGGAAGUUCAGAGGUUGAGAGUCAUUUGUGGGCUUUUUUAAAUCUUUGGUCUUUAAACUCAGCCAGCUUAAGGGCAUCCUCGUUACUUAGAAAGAGUGAAAUAAUCUCAAAAGGUCCUUCUUGGAUCUUGGGUUUUUUGUUUUUUCCUCGUUUCUAAGACUUGAACAAAGCCAGCCCAAUCAUGGUGAUGUUCAAGAAGAUCAAGUCUUUCGAAGUGAUCUUUAACGACCCAGAGAAGGUGUACGGCAGUGGGGAGAAGGUGGCUGGCCGGGUGAUAGUGGAGGUGUGUGAAGUGACUCGAGUCAAAGCCGUCAGGGUCCUGGCUUGCGGAGUGGCCAAAGUCCUCUGGAUGCAGGGCUCGCAGCAAUGCAAACAGACCUUGGAUUACCUGCGCUACGAAGACACGCUUCUCCUGGAAGACCAGCCGACAGGUGAGAAUGAGAUGGUGAUCAUGAGACCUGGAAACAAGUAUGAGUACAAGUUCGGUUUUGAGCUUCCUCAGGGGCCUCUGGGAACAUCCUUCAAAGGAAAGUAUGGGUGUGUAGAUUACUGGGUGAAGGCUUUUCUUGAUCGCCCCAGCCAGCCAACUCAAGAGACAAAGAAAAACUUUGAAGUGAUGGAUCUAGUGGAUGUCAAUACCCCUGAUUUAAUGGCACCUGUAUCUGCUAAAAAAGAGAAGAAAGUUUCCUGCAUGUUCAUUCCUGAUGGGCGGGUGUCUGUCUCUGCUCGAAUUGACAGAAAAGGAUUCUGUGAAGGUGAUGAGAUUUCCAUACAUGCUGACUUUGAGAAUACAUGUUCCCGCAUCGUGGUCCCCAAAGCUGCCAUUGUAGCCCGCCACACUUACCUUGCCAAUGGCCAAACCAAGGUGCUGACGCAAAAGUUGUCGUCGGUUAGAGGCAAUCAUAUUAUCUCAGGCACAUGUGCGUCAUGGCGUGGCAAAAGCCUUCGGGUCCAGAAGAUCAGGCCUUCCAUUCUGGGCUGCAACAUCCUUCGAGUUGAAUACGCCUUACUGAUCUAUGUUAGUGUCCCUGGCUCCAAGAAAGUGAUUCUUGACCUGCCCCUGGUAAUUGGUAGCAGAUCAGGUCUGAGCAGCCGGACAUCCAGCAUGGCCAGCCAAACCAGUUCUGAGAUGAGUUGGGUAGAUCUGAACAUCCCUGAUACCCCAGAAGCUCCUCCUUGCUAUAUGGAUAUCAUUCCUGAAGAUCACCGGUUGGAGAGCCCCACCACCCCUCUGCUAGAUGAUGUGGAUAGUUCUCAAGACAGCCCUAUUUUUAUGUAUGCCCCUGAGUUCAAGUUCAUGCCACCACCUACUUACACUGAGGUGGAUCCCUGCAUUGUCAACAACAAUGUGCAGUGAUCAUGUGAAAGAAAAGCAGCAGCUGUACCUACUGGUUUCUUUCUGCCCCUCUUCCUGGACUCUUACAUUUUCAGAGACUCAACAGUCUCUACAGUGGGGUAUGGGUCCACCUCAGCCUCUGACUUCCCAAUGUAGGAGGUCAUCAGCAGGCCAUCUCCUGGGCCUUAAGCAGUGUGGACUCGUUGGGCAGCGCCAGUGUUGUGAUAUAUGGAUGUCUGCUGGAUGGGUUUUAAAACACACCAGAAAAACUCAGGCCUGUCUGAUUUUCUCAGAUCUUGAAAUUGAGGCAUUUUUAUUAGUUUUGAGUCAAGGGUAGAAAUGGCCUGCUGGCAUGGUCUUCCCAAGGUUUUUGUGGAGGAGAUAUUAUAGAUUGUGGUAACAACAUCAGACCUUGAACUUCUGGGCCAUGUACAACAGAGCUGAUUUUGCAAACUAGGAAAAUGAAAAAUAUAUAAUAUGGCCAAAACUUUGGGAAAAGGAGGUUCUUAAAAUCAGUGUUACCCUUUGUAUACUUACAUAGAAAAAAAGAGAAACCAUCCAGAGGUGAUUUGGUUCAGACUUUGGAGAGAGCUUUCCCUGUGAAUUAAAGGGAAGAAGCUGUAAAUUGUCAUUGCUCAGAACAUACUAUAUAACCUGGCUUAAAGCUGUAGUAAUUAUGUCCCACCAAAGGUCUUAAAGGCCUUUUUUUUGAAUCUGUUGCACUGUGUUCUCCUGUUGGAAACAUUUUCAUAUGGGAGAAUGUGUUUCUCUUUUUCAUGUAACUCCUUAGAGUUGAUUCUGAGGUGAAGUUGUUAGCACUUUAGUUUGUCAAGUUUUUUUCUCCCCCCCAUCUCUAAUGUAAGCUGAAUCGUCUACCAUGUCUAGGCAUAAAAACAAUGACCAAAAAAAGUUACUACUUUUGAUACUUUGUUCCAGUGUACAGAAUUAUAUAAUUCUGAUCCUCUGAUCAUACAAGAACAGUUGCUGCUGCCAGUCUUGCCCACUGUGACUUUUCCAAACCAAAGGAGGGACUCUAGAUCAAGAUGCCCCAACACUGUGAUCAUAGCCUUUGGAUGCUGCCAUGAGAAGCCAGAGGGCAGGUCUUCACAAAGGCCACUGGGCCCCUUUCCUGAGCAUCAGAAGACCCAGAUGUUCACAGCCCCUCUCACUGUACCCCUAGCACUUGGUCAGUCACCCUCAGCCAUAGCACUUUGUUCACUGUCCUGUGUCAUAGCACUGAACUCCACGUUUUUUGGAGAAUUCUACAGCUAGAAAGUUUGUGGGCUGAAGGUGGUUUUGUUUUUUUAAAUUGUGUAUCUUUUUGUAUGGUAAAAAUUACAUUUUGUACUUAACCAGAUAUAUUUUCACCCUAAGUGGAGAUAUUCUUUGUAAAAAAAAAAUAAAUAAAUUUUAAAUGACAAAA